AUGCUUGGAGCGCUCGCCGGUCCAUUUUCAGGCAAUCCACUAUCACUACCAUUGGCAUUCUCUCCACUAUCAUCUGUACCAAAAAAAGGGUUAACUGAAAGGCGAACUGUUAUGGAUCUAUCUUUUCCAGCAGGAACAUCAGUCAACGAUGGCAUACCAAAUGACAAUUUUCUUGGUGAUCCAUAUAAACUUCGGUACCCAUCAAUUGACAACCUGAUUCAAAUUAUAAAUCAUUAUGGUCAAGGUUGCUUAUUGUUCAAAGCUGACAUACGGCGUUGCUACAGAUGGAUUCCAGUCGAUACCCAUGACUAUCAUCUGUUAGGUUUGGCAUGGAGGGGAUUACAGUUCUUUGACACCAAGCUUCCAUUUGGUCUUCGGUCAUCCGCCAUGGCAUGUCAAAGAACAACAAACGGGCUCAUGCACAUUUAUCGUAAAUUGGGAUACCAGGCCACUAACUACAUUGAUGACUUUGUGGGAGGAGAGGCUCCAGCGAAUGCACAGAAAGCCUAUGACUCACUCAAAGACACAAUUACUAAGUACGGGUUUGAGCUGUCAAUUGAAAAAUGCUGCCCACCAACCACCUGUCUAACAUUUUUGGGAAAACAAUUCAACACAAUAAAGAUGCAAGUUAGUAUCCCAGAGCAAAAACUCAGUGAAGCAGAAGAGCUAUUAUCAAAGUUUUCACUUAGGAAAAAAUGCACCAAACGAGAGCUGCAAUCACUCAUUGGCAAGCUGGCAUUUAUAGCAGACUGUAUACAUCCUGCUCGACUAUUCCUGUGUCGCAUGUUGGCACUCCUUCAGGAAAUUACUGAUAUUUAUAAUAUACAAAAGAACCGUACCAAUUCUGAUGCAGUUGCAGCUCUUCUCGAGAAACUGUUCAAUUGUUCAGAAAGAAACCCUGGAUGGUUCCGUAUAUUUAUGGAUUGUGUUCGUGAAACAGAUGUACAUUUAGCAAAUUACAUUGAAGGUAUAGGCAGCAUUGAUAAUCUGGAUGACCUUAAUCAUUUUAAGCAACUUGUGAUGGUUUAUUCACAUCAAUUACAAGACAUCAAUCCAAUGGAGAUUCUACCAGAACUCGCCUCAGUCUUCAGUGAUACUGACAAAGAGAAUAUUGAGGCUGAACAGAGGAAUUUUGGUGCCCGACAAGCAUCCAUGGUUAUGUGCUGUAGAUUGGUGCAGAAAGGUGGUCAUUGGUUUCAUAAGUUUAUUGAUGCCUUGGAUAAAGUUGGUCAUGCUGAAAUUGCCGAAGAUCUUAGAAAGUCAAUUAUUCAUAAAGGUGAAGAUGGUGAUGGACAUUUAAAAGGCAAGAAAGCAGAAUCCGACACUGCAACUCAUACCGUCAGCUUUAGUUCAGAAGGAGAAAACAAAGACUUGGAAAGUGAAUAUGUGAAUGAUGAUGUAUUGGAUGGUAAUGGUGAUAUACACAAUAAUGAUGAUGGUGAUAAUAAUGUUAUUGAGAAGUAUGAUAAAGAGGGCACAGAAAAAUGUGGAGCUACAAAAAAAACUGGUAAAGAUGGAUUCAAUAAUGAAACAUCCUCUGAUGCAAUGACUGUAAAACUGCGCAAAUAUCAACACGAAUUGGUACAACCGGCCCUGGAAGGCAGAAACACAAUCAUUUGUGCACCUACAGGUUGUGGAAAAACAAUCACAGCAUUAUACAUUAUGAAGCGCCAUCUAGAGAAAAAAUUCACAGGUCAGAGACCAAAUAAGAUUGUGUUUCUAGUGAAUCAACGUCCCUUGGUGGAACAGCAAGGAGGUGUGUUUCGAGACUACUUGGAACCAUUGAAAUACAAUGUGAUGCAGCUGACUGGAGAUACUUUUACCAUUCCCCUAGAAGAGGUAGUCAGAAUGGAUUACCAUAUAAUUGUGUUGACGGCUCAAGUAUUGGAAAAUGCAUUGAGGGAUAAAGUAUUAUCCUCAUUGUCUGUGUUUACUAUGUUAGUAUUUGAUGAGUGCCACCACACACAGAAAAAAGAACCGUACAACAACAUCAUGGCAAGGUACAGAGAUAUGAAGUUGGACAAGCCUGAAGCUCCAAGACCCCAGAUCAUUGGCUUGAGUGCAUCUUUAGGUGUUGGAAAAGCAAGAUUGCAUAGUGGAGCUAUAAAACACAUCAUAAAACUGUGUGCUAACUUAGAUGCUGAAAAGAUAUCCACUGUUGUAAAAGAAAAAAAUGAACUCAUGAAAUACGUGCCAAUACCCCAUGAAGAUCGGUUGAGUGUUAAAGGAAGAACUGAGGAUCCAUUUGUGAGACAAAUAAAUAUUAUCAUGUCCCGUAUUGAGGAGAUCAUGAAAACAUCUCAAGAUCCAGAAGAUGAAUCUGCUCUUCCAGUGAACCCUCCUACUAUUCGUGGAACACAGUCAUAUGAGAAAUGGGUUAUAGAUAUAAAAAAAGACAGUGCUGAAGUGAUACAUGAUCCACAAAAGUCAAGGAUGUUUGCAACUUGUGCUGCACAACUUAGAGAAUACAACAAUGCACUAUUCAUCAAUGAAGAUGUCAGAACUUUAGAUGCUUUACGAUAUCUUCAGAAAUAUUUUAAGAGUCUUGAAGAUCGACAGGAAGGGUUUGAUCAGCUGGAUAAAGACCUGGUACAACUUUUCCAAGAUAAGCAACCUCAGCUAGAAAUUAUUGCUGCUGACCCAUCAUUCAGUAAUCCAUUGCUGGAAAAACUAGGAUCUUUAAUCCAGUUGGCAUACCAAGAAAAUGAUUCAUCACAGGCAAUUGUAUUAACAAAAACCAGAGCUGCAUGCUAUGCACUUCAAAGCUGGAUGGAAGAGACAGAUGAAUUGAAACACCUCAAUCCUGGUGUGUUGAUUGGUAGCGGUGGCAGUGGAGAAAACCCUGGUCUGACACAAUCAGAACAGACCAAUAUUCUAGAGAUGUUCAAAGAUGGCUGCCAUCGUAUUAUUAUUUGUACUAGUGUGGCGCAGGAAGGAAUUGAUAUUGCAAGUUGUAAUUUGGUAUUCAGAUAUAAUUAUUCCAAUAAUGAAAUUGGACGAAUACAAUCUAAAGGUAGAAGCAGAGCCAAGGAUGGAAAAACGUUUCUGGUUGCAGGAGAUAAAACCGGAAUAGCAGCGAGGGAACAGCUGAAUAUGAUCAGAGAGAAUAUGAUGUAUCGAGCAAUAUCAGAAGUUAAACAAAUGCCUAACUCUGAAUUUGAUAACCGAAUUAUAGCAAACCAGAAGGAUGACCAAACCGAACGUCGCUAUUUAGCAGCAGCUGAAGCCAGUUCAAAGAGUAAGCUCGAAAGACAGACACCAGAGAAUGCCAUUAAAUUUCUGUGUGGAAGAUGCAUGGAAUUUGCAUGUUUAUCAAGUGACUUUCGUCAACUAAAGCAAAAUCACCAUGUGGUAGUUGAUGAGAAAUUCAAGACUAGAAUCACAAUCAAGCCUCAUGCAAAACCAAAGCAGAUUGAUGAUCUCUUCCUGAAAGAUGGGAAAGUAUACUGUAAAAAGUGCAUGCAUGACUGGGGUAUUAUGGCUAAGAUUCGAUUUACACACUACCCUAUCUUGAAAAUCAGUAGUUUUGUAAUGGAGAUGCCAAGUGGGGGUCGCAAGGUACGUGCUAAGUGGAAAGAUGCGCCCUUCGCUAUCGAACCCUUCAUACCUGAAUACUGUGAUGGAGAUCAAUACUGA